AUGGCGGAAGAGAGCGCGGUGACGUUCGACGAGGUGCGCGCCCGCGCCCGCGCGCGACCCACCCGCGCCGCGCGUCGUCGCCCUCCUCCUCCCCGCGUCGUCGUCGCCGCGUUCGACGCGCGCCGCGGUCCCCUCGCGGUCGUCCGCCCUUCCGUCGUCGUCGUCGUCGUCGUCGUCGUCGUUCAAAAUCGAAACCGCGCGUCGACGAACGCUCACUCGCCGUCGUCUCUCCCCUCCCCGCGUCGCGUCCCGCAGUCGUUCCGCGUGCGCGUGCUCGACGCGGAGAAGUUCGACAAGACGCAAGCGCUCGCGGACGGCGCGAAGGACUUCUGCGAGAAGGUCACGCGGCUGAACUACAUCGUGAAGACCGUCGUCGACGCCGUGGACGCGCAGGCGCGUCGUCGAUCGAUCGUCGCUCGCCGUCGCUGUCGUUUAAUACGCUCACGUCUUCGUCUUCCCUCCCGCGGUCCCUCGUCCUUCCGUCCUCUUCCUUCUUCCCUCCCUCCAUCCCGUGCUCUCCCCGCUGACGUCGCGCGCGCUUCGUUUCCCUUCGCCUUAAACCCCCGCCUCGACGCAGGCGGCGCGCACCGAGCGCGAGAAACUGCGCGCGGUGGGGAAGCGGAACCAGGCGGCGUCGGAGGUGCGUUCUGUACACUGGUCCCCGUACGACCGCGUUCGCGUGGUGAACGCCGUUUCUUAAGGACUUUGCCCGGCGCAUCUCUCCGCACACCCCCCGCUUUCAAUCCCCGCCCUCGGCGCCUUUCAACUCCGCUUCUGACGCCUUUCAACUCCACCCCGACGUUCGCUCGUAUGGAACGACCCUGGAGGCGGCGCGUCGGCGACGCGCGCGCGCCGAGACGGGGGCGCUUCGACGCGAACGACGCGCGGAGCUCGACCGGCUGCGCGCGGAGUUUGACUCGUUGGCGCGCGUGCGCGAGGAGCAGGAGGCGCUGA